CCCCAACAAAAUAAAAGGGAAAAAAUCAAUAAAAAUAAACUGUGAGACAUUUGUUAAUAAUUUAACCCACAAACUUAAUACUCUAACAAAAACUAGUAGAGUAUUUGAAAAAGAGUAAUUAAAAACCUGAUGGCAACAACAACAACGGCAGCGACAGCAGCAGCAGGCGCUGCGCCAGCGCUAAAUCAACUGUCCACCAAUCAAAAUACAACAAUAUAUAACCACAAUAACAAUAAUAUUAAUAAUAUAAAUAAUAAUUGUAGCAGCAAUAACAAUAAUAAUAAUAAUAAUAAUAACAACAGCAAUGUGGUCGUAAUUAGCCAACCCAUCAAAAUCCCUCUAAGCGAACGCUUCUCCUCACAAACCUCCACGGGAUCAGCGGACAGCGGUGUAAUUGUUUCCAGUGCAUCGCAACAGCAAUUGCAGCAACUUCAGUUGCAGCUUCCCCCGCCCCGCAGCAGCAGUGGCUCCCUGAGUCUGCCCCAAGCGCCACCCGGUGGCAAGUGGCGCCAACAGCAGCAGCAGCAGCAGCGACAGCAACUUUUGCUCAGCCAAGAUAGUGGCAUUGAAAAUGGAGGAGGGGGAGGAGGAGGAGGUGGAGGUACCACCAGCGGAGGCGGCGGAGGAGGAGCUAUGCGCAAGAAGCCAGCCAAGGAUCACACGACAGCCACCUCCAAUACAUCCUCAUCGGCUGCCUCCAAGGAGUCGGGACAAUCCAGCAGCGAAAGCCUGGGCAGCAAUUGCUCAGAGAUCAAUCCCGAGGAGGCGCCACGUCGUGUGCGUGCCUCAUCCGCUUUGGAGCUGAGCAGCAGCGGCAGUGCGGAUCAUCAUCAUCAUCAUAGUGCCCAGGUCAGUGGCGUUGGCAGUGCCAAUAUCCUGCGGAGUCGCAUCAAGUACAAGAGUACCAAUAGCACUGGAACUCAAGGAUUCGAUGUGGAGGAUCGCAUUGAUGAGGUGGAUAUAUGUGACGACGAUGUGGAUGUGGAUGAUGACGAUGACGAUGAUGAUGAUGUAGUCGAUGUUGAUGAUGAGGAAGAUGAUGGUGUCAAUGUGGAUGAUGUUGAGGAGGUGGACAACCAAUCGGAUAGUCAAUCUGGCAUCAUUAUAAACCUAAAGAGCAGCAGUCAACCGGCAGAGGAGGCACUGAAGCUCAAGAAGAAACAACAACAGCAGCAGCUGGAGGAGGAGAAGGAACAGCAGGAGCAGCAGGAGGGCAGCUCCAGGCUCCUGCCUCCAGAUCAGGCUCAACUAACAGUGGCAGCUGCCUUGGCCCGGCGACGGGAUGCCAAGAGCUUGGCCACCGAUGGGCAUAUCUACUUUCCCCUGCUCAAGAUCAGCGAGGAUUCACACAUUGAUUCGAAGCUGAUCAAUCGCAAGGAUGGACUGCAGGAUACCAUGUAUUAUUUGGAUGAGUUUGGCAGUCCCAAGCUAAGGGAGAAGUUUGCCAGGAAACAGAAGCAACUCCUGGCCAAGCAACAGAAGCAGCUGAUGAAGCGGGAGCGACGGAGUGAGGAGCAGCGGAAGAAGCGCAACACCACCGUCGCCUCCAAUCUGGCGGCCAGCGGGGCCGUGGAGGAUGGUAUGACCAAAGAGGAUGAACCACACUGUGAUACUAGCUCUAAGAGCAAACAUAACUCGGUACCCAAUCCACCAAGCACCACCACCAUUCAUCACCAUCAUCAGCAGCAGCAGCAUCUCGUGGUGGAUGUGGAGGAGGAUGUGGAUGCCGGCUCAGAUGAGGCCGUGAAGAUGCGCCGUCAUAGCCACGACAACCAUUACGAUAGAAUACCCAGCACCCGCCCCAAAAAGGAUCACCAGUCGCAGGACACUGCCGCCGGCGAGGAUAUCGAGCAAGGAGCCGAGCCCAAUCUCGAGGGAGACGCCGAUGGCGAUAGCGAUGAGAGUGGCGAGAAUGUUAAGACUGCCAAAUUGGCCAGAACACAGUCCUGCGUCAGUUGGACCAAAGUGGUGCAAAAGUUUAAGAACAUUUUAGGUCGCGAUGGUUCCAAAAUCACAACAGUCGUCGCAACCCCCGGCCAAGGCACUGAUCGUGUACAAGAGGUCUCCUAUACAGACACAAAGGUCAUCGGCAAUGGCAGCUUCGGUGUGGUGUUCCAGGCGAAGCUCUGCGACACCGGUGAACUGGUGGCAAUCAAAAAAGUUUUACAAGACAGACGAUUUAAGAAUCGUGAAUUGCAAAUUAUGCGCAAAUUGGAGCAUUGUAAUAUUGUAAAGCUUUUGUACUUUUUCUAUUCGAGCGGUGAAAAGCGUGAUGAAGUAUUUUUGAAUUUAGUCCUCGAAUAUAUACCAGAAACCGUAUACAAAGUGGCUCGCCAAUAUGCCAAAACCAAGCAAACGAUACCAAUCAACUUUAUUCGGCUCUACAUGUACCAACUAUUCAGGAGUCUGGCCUACAUCCACUCGCUGGGCAUCUGCCAUCGUGAUAUCAAGCCGCAGAACCUACUGCUCGAUCCGGAGACGGCUGUGCUAAAGCUCUGUGACUUUGGCAGCGCCAAGCAGCUGCUGCAUGGUGAGCCGAAUGUGUCGUACAUCUGUUCCCGGUAUUAUCGUGCCCCCGAGCUCAUCUUUGGCGCCAUCAAUUAUACAACAAAGAUCGAUGUGUGGAGUGCCGGUUGCGUUUUGGCCGAGUUGCUGCUGGGCCAGCCCAUCUUCCCUGGCGAUUCCGGUGUCGAUCAACUAGUUGAGGUCAUCAAGGUUCUGGGCACACCGACAAGAGAACAGAUACGCGAAAUGAAUCCAAACUAUACGGAAUUCAAGUUUCCACAAAUUAAGAGUCAUCCAUGGCAGAAAGUUUUCCGCAUACGCACUCCUACAGAAGCUAUCAACUUGGUGUCCCUGCUGCUCGAGUAUACGCCCAGCGCCCGGAUUACCCCGCUCAAGGCCUGUGCACAUCCGUUCUUCGAUGAGCUCCGCAUGGAGGGUAACCACACCUUGCCCAAUGGUCGCGAAAUGCCGCCACUGUUCAACUUCACAGAGCAUGAGCUCUCGAUACAGCCCAGCUUAGUGCCACAGCUGUUGCCCAAGCAUCUUCAGAAUGCGGCUGCAGCUACCGGCAACCGAACAGCGGCUGGAGCAGCUGCCUCUGCUGCCGCUAGCGGUACCACCAGCGCAUCGUCAACGGGCAGUGGCACAUCGGCGGAAGGAUCCGGCCAGACCCAGUCGCAGGCACCAGCAGCAGCUGCGGCAGCUGGCACGGCAGGAUCGGGCGCAGCAGCAGCAGCAGCAGGAGCAGGAUCGGCGGUCGGCGGUGGAGCGAGUGCCGGCGGACCCGGAACCGGUUCCGGUAACAAUAGCAGCAGCGGCGGCGGCGGAGCAUCUGGUGCGCCGUCAGCCGUUGCUGCUACAACUGCGCAGCAGUCAAAUGCCGCAACCGCCGGCGGAGCAGGUGGUGGUGGCGGUGGCGGCGGUGCGGCGGGCUCAGCUGCUACAGCAGCCGGCACGACCAAUGCCGGUGGCGCCAAUGUAACAGAUUCAUAGGGGCAAUAGUAACAUACCUACACACACACACACAUACAUACACACACACACUUCUAUAUAUAUGUAUAUAUAUAUAUGUCUACGUAUAUAUAUAUGUAUGAUAAUAAACAGCAGCAAGCAUAUAUUUAGAAGCCAAAACGAAAAAUGCUAAGCCAACAGCAGAAGCAGCAGCAACAGCAACAAUAAUAAUUAAAAACAAAAGAGGAUAUACCACAGCCCACAUACAACAUAUUUACACAAUAAUUAAUAAACCUAAUUAAUGCAACAUUGAUGAGAAAACGAACAGCAGCAAAACUACAAAAAGAUAAACAGAUAAACCGAAAGCAGAAGCAGAAAUGAGAGAAGCAGCAGCACAAGCUGAAGGCAGCAGCUGAAAGCAGAAACCGAUGAUGCAGCAAAAGCAGAAGCAGCAAAAGCAAAAGCAGAAGUAAAAGUAGAAGUAGUAGAGAUGCAAAGGCAAAACGCAAAAAUAUAACAAAAAACACAUUUUACUUAGGUAAAAUUAAAUUUAUUUUAAAUCUAAAAUAAAACUAAUAAGCAUAAUAAUAAUAAACAAUAAUGGUAAAUAAUAAAUACAAAAAAAAAGAAAAGAAAGAAAACACAUAAAUUUAUACAUAAUAGUAAAGCGCUGAUCGAUUGUCAUUUUUAAUUAUUAUAUAUAUUAUGUAUUCUCCCUCCUACUUCCCUCUCGCUCUCGCUCUCACUCAGUCUCGCUAUAAAUUACUUUUAUUCCCAUAUUCACAUCUCUAUUUCUAUUCCUAUUCCUAUUUCUAUUAUUUUUUUUUUUUUGACGCAUAGAAAAAGUCUAAAUAAAUAAUUAUUGUAUGUGUAUAUUGAACAGAGUCAUGGCAUAUUUUUUAUUUUUACCACCUUGUUUUUAGUAUGUUUAACUGAUAAGGAGACCGCGUAUUUAAUUACUAACUAAUACCAACUGAACGCUAACUGAAAUAACUGAAAGUUUUGUGUAGUAACAAUUAAGACUUGACUCCAAUCGAGCGAGUG